GAAGAAAAGAGGGGAACAUAAAAUUAGAAAACAAACAAGAAAAAAGAGAAGGAAAAGAACUGGAAGCAGCAGUAUGCAGGUGAAAUCGGCCGGCGUACAAAAACUUUCUGAUCUUUCAAUAAUUUCCUUAGCUUCAAACGGCGUCUGUAAUACACUGCCUGCAACUAAUCGCAACUUAAGCUUCAGUAAUGGCGGAUUCUCAGUCUCUUCUUCCUUCGCCGCCAUAUCUCGGAAAACGCGACCUUUUCUGCUCAAGGUAAAUGCAGCUGCUGCAGAAACCGAUGAUCAGCCGAAGUGGUGGGAGAAGAAUGCGGGCCCCAAUAUGAUGGAUAUUCAUUCAACUGAAGAAUUCUUAGAUGCUUUGAGCCAAGCUGGGGAUAGAUUAGUCAUUGUUGAAUUCUUUGGCGCAUGGUGUGCUUCUUGCCGAGCUUUAUUCCCCAAAAUUUGCAGGAUUGCGGAACAACACCCGGAAAUUAUAUUUCUAAAAGUGAAUUUCGACGAGAAUAAGCCACUCUGCAAAAGUUUGAAUAUAAAAGUCCUCCCAUAUUUCCACUUCUACAGAGGAUCCGAUGGCCUCUUAGAUUCCUUUUCGUGCUCUCUCGCUAAGCUCCAGAAAUUGAAGGAUGCCAUUGCAGCUCAUAACAAAGCUCUUCACAAGGAGGGUUUUCUCGAGGAUAAUACAUUAUAGCUGGAUUCGAGGUAGGUUUUUCGAGUUUUUCUAUUUGCAAUGUUCGUGUGGUUCGUCUAAAUACUUUGAAAAAAAAUGUUGUAUAUAGUUCUUUGCGCAAAGUACUUCGAUACAUAUUUGAACUCAACUUUGUAUAUUAUCCCUAAUUAAACUGAAUGAAAUCAUCGAUUCAACUUCCUUAGUUAUGCACUGAA